AUGCCCCGCCCUUCAGCCCCUCCUCAAACACCCCGUAAUGACGACCAACGACUUCCUCUCAACUCGCGCAUUAUCAGCUCUGUUCGUCGCACGCUUUCCACUGCGAAAAGAAGAGAGCCAUUACCUACCCCGAUGACUGAACGGACCAGCCGUUUUCGCUACGAUUCGGUAGCCCCUCCCACCGUUGAACAGAUAGCCAUGGGACUACACCUCUCGAGGACACCCCAUUUGCGGUCGUCCAAAGAUACACCGACAGUUGUUCGCUACCCGCCACCACCCGCCUCCCACCCCCAGCCAACCAUAAAGCCUAUAUCGCCAGCUCAACCGCCGCUUCGCUCGUCGAUGAAAAAGCCUGCUGGUUAUGGUGCCCCAUCGAGUUCUUCAACGACCGAUGUCACGUCAACAGCCCCCUCAACACCCCAUUCUUCCGAGCGCAGCAGUGCUUCAUUGCGUGCGAAAAUGGCUCGCCUUUUUCCAUAUCGUGGCCCCCAGCCUUCUUAUUCAACGCCUUCCUCGUCUGCCGUGUCAUCACCUCGCACAAGCACGUCUGAGCUACAGCAUCCACGGAAAAAGGCAGUUCGCUUCUCCAAUCCUGUUGAAGAAGAAGAGUAG